AAUAUACCCAUGAAUGUGAAAGUAGACAAACCAUGCCCGACUUCCAGAUGUUCCGACCCUUUUUCGAAUUUUAUUCAUAUUUUAAGCGACUUGAAUGUUAUGAAGACAAAGACUAUAAAUGUACAGAAACAUCUAAGUGCAGAGCCAAUAUUCAAAAGUAGAAAAAAAAUAGCCAAUCAUUUAUGGAGCGCCAAUUUAAAUUAAACUUAAUUUUAAUUUGAAGAUAUCAUCAAUUCAUAAUCAUUUGAUACGCGCAACAAUUCAGUUUUAUCAUAGUACAAUCAUGGAAGGGAAAGAAAAUGUGGAAUCAGACAUUGGAGAGACAACAAACUCAUUAGAGGAUCCUCACAAGGAUAUUAAUCUGUCGGUGAGUGAUUUAACAGAAGACAUAACAGCAGACCACCAGAGCCGGGAACAGUCCUCUUCAGUAGUCGACAUUCAUCAGUUCAGCGAAGAUAACAAUGACAAACUAGAUGAACAUGUUGGUGAUAUGAACGUAAACAGUGCAGCUGGUGGUGUAGAAGCUUCCUCCUAUGUUAGUCCUGAGGUCAGUGCAGAAAAAAACACAUUAACACAUGAAAGUGAAACACCAGAAGGAUGCAUGGAUAUUACAGAGCCUUAUACCAAUGAACAACCUAGCACAGAUCAUACACAGGAUGUAGUUGACUGUAUAAAAGGUACCCUGAUCCAGAGCCCAACACUGUUAGCAGGGACUGAGUUCAUCAAGGACAACUAUCUGAGAGGAUGUAAAUGGUCAGUAGAUGGCAGUAAGCUUUUGACAACGGCCAACGACAACAAGUUUUAUGUGUAUGACUUUGCACAAGAGCUUUGUACACAAGACAGGUUUUCUGAAAUGAAAUACUCGAAGGUUAUCCAUGAGACAGGGACGGUGUAUGACUUCUGUUGGUACAACCAAACAUCGGAUCCACGAUCGAGUUGUUUUUUGGCCACGAGUAAAGAUAGUCCGAUCCAUUUGUGGGAUGGCAACAGCGGGGAACUGGUUUCUUCCUACAGAGCCUAUGACCAAAUGGAUGAGUUGACUACAGCCCACAGCCUGUGUUAUAGCUGGGAUGGAUCUAAGAUAUAUUGUGGAUUCAGGAAGAUGAUACGAGUGUUUGACACUAACAGACCGGGAAGAGAGUGCGAGAACAGACCAACAUACGUGGGUAAAGUUGGAGGGCAGAAUGGCAUCAUCUCCUGUCUGGUGUCGAGCGCCCAUGGAGGGCUGUAUGCAGCGGGAUCCUAUUCACGAAGCAUUGGACUGUAUUAUGAGCCAAAAGGUGAAACAGUGUGUGUAUUUGAAGGACAACAAGGGGGAGUCACUCAUUUGGCAUUUUCUCCAGAUGGUACAAAAUUAUUCAGUGGAGGAAGAAAGGAUCCAGAAAUUUUAUGCUGGGAUUUGAGAAAUCCUGGACAAAUUCUGUUUGUGGCAGUUAGAAAGGUGGAAACAAACCAGCGGAUUUAUUUUGACCUAGACAGUUCAGGAAGGUACCUGAUUUCUGGUAACCAUGAUGGUACAGUCACACUCUGGGACACACAACAACCCCCCACCCAAUCAAGGCCAGACACUGACUUUGUCUUAGAGUCCUGUCAGGAAUUCAAAGCCCACAACGACACUGUCAAUGGCAUCAGCUUUUACCCUUCACAACCUGUGCUUGCUACAUCAUCAGGACAAAGGCACAGCCUCCUCCUGGACGAAGAGUCCUUCUUCACUAAUGUCAGUUCUGAGGAAAAUGCUCUCAAACUCUGGUUGUAUAAAUAAAAAACAUUUUUAACAUGUA